AUGCUGGUCACUAAUGCUAAUCUAGCUUACCAUAAAGACUCUGUGGGAGAUGGUCCAAAACCUUCCUUAGAUCUGGUGGAAAUCGCCCGUAAUUGUGUGCUGGCCUUUCGCCAAGAUAAGAUCCCAUCUGUGGAGAAUGCUGUGGUAGCUGUUCGCCAGGCAGAGUGCCUGAAGGCAGUAGAGAUGGCGCUGCAGGUCUACAAAGUUGCAAUGCAAGACACUGUUGAGGAGCUGCCGCUCGCAGAAAAUGAGCUUGACGGAAGGCACAGACACUAUUUCGAUAACUAUGCCGAGAAAGCAUUUGCAGAGUACGCCAUCUUUGAUGAUGAUGGAGAAUUUUACAAUCGCAUGAAGACAGACGUCGAAAAGGAGUUCACCAUGAUCAGUCAAAACAACGAAUCAGAUGCCUUUCGACUGUACAGAGAAAUGUUGGAUGUUCUCUUUACCAGCAUCGUACAGCCAAAGAUCGACGAAGAAAAAUACUCUCAUUCUAACGGCCAUUUUGACUUCAUCCAAGACUUACAGAAGGUCUUUGUCCUCUACGACCAGUAUCCUGGGCAGAAACCUCCAAAUCAACCAAUCAGCACCUGUUAUAGACGAAUAUAG